CGAGCCGCGCCGGUCGCACACGGCACAUAGUCGCGCGCUCCCGCCACACGCGACCAACAAACUUCGCUCGCGACACACGCGUCUGCGACUCACACAUCGCGAACUGAAAAUUUUAAGAAAAAAAAUCUGAACACCCGCUACUUGUGCGAGCACUGUGAGACGACUCGGCGCCGCAUACAACCGCUUAAAAAGUCGUAAAACCCGCGGCACGCGCUCCCAAGUCGUAAAAUAAUCGUAAAAAGUAAACACACGUCAACUGGCCUUUAUCGCCAACGAAGCCCAUUAUGACACUCGAGUGACGUUUAAGAGGCAAUAAAAUUAAUAAAAUUAAAUUACAUUGUCCGUAUUUGGAGUGACAUUGGCGGAGGUCGCGUUAUCACGGCGCGUGGGGCCGCGAUGACAUAAGUGUUCCCUAACUGAGUGACGUUAGUGUCGGUGACUGAUCAGAAUGAACUCCUAUUUCGAGCAGGGUGGUUUUUACGGGGCGCACGGAGUGCACCAGGGUGGUGGCGGUGGUGACCAGUAUCGUGGGUUCCCACUAGGCCUGACAUAUGCCCAACCACAUGCCCUACAUCAGCCCAGACCCCAGGACUCGCCGUAUGAUGCAUCUGUGGCAGCUGCCUGCAAACUAUACGCAGGCGAGCAACAAUAUGCAAAGGCAGACUGUUCCAAGCCAGGAGGAGAACAACAGAAUGGCUAUGGAGGCAAAGAGGCAUGGGGCUCAGGACUAGGUGCACUAGUAAGGCCAGCAGCCUGCACCCCAGAGGCACGGUACAGUGAGUCCUCCAGUCCAGGAAGAGCACUUCCCUGGGGCCAACAAUGCGCACUACCCGGCGCCGCCACUGCAACAGCACAGCCCGUACAACACCAGCCCACCAAUCACACCUUCUACCCUUGGAUGGCCAUAGCAGGAGCAAAUGGUCUCAGAAGACGAGGAAGACAAACGUACACUAGAUAUCAAACACUAGAGUUAGAGAAAGAGUUCCACACGAAUCACUACCUCACACGGAGGAGACGCAUAGAAAUGGCGCACGCUCUCUGUUUGACGGAGAGACAAAUCAAAAUAUGGUUCCAGAAUCGAAGGAUGAAGUUAAAGAAAGAGAUUCAAGCUAUAAAGGAGUUGAAUGAACAAGAAAAACAGGCGCAAGCACAGAAAGCAGCGGCGGCAGCGGCAGCGGCCGCGGCUGCCGCGCAAGGCCAUCCCGAACACUAAGCAUGCGUGCACGCAUAGCCUUGUCCAGUGAUACUAUCGCAGUCCGCCGAACACUCCAUAGCUUUGUGUUUUUUUUUUUUUUUUGUAAAUUGUUUGUAAUUAUUUUCUCGUUAUUUAAGUGUUGUUCGGUUGUUGUGAUUAUUUUUUAAAUUAAUUUUUAACUAGACACAAUGUUUUUCUAAACGAAGGAUGGAACAAUAAACUGUUGAAUGCUAGACUAGAAACGGGUCGUAUUAUUUUUGAGUUUCGGGUUUUGUUUUUGUUGAUUUAUUGAUUUUUAUAUACAUUUAUAUUUUAAUUCGCGUAAUCGUCGAAGAUGUUCGCGUUUGGAAACCAGUGCAAUUUGUAGAAAUCUCUUCCGUGUAACAUAGUGUAGGUGUAUCGUAGUGCGUUUUACUUUAUGUGCGAUCGUAGCGCUCCCUGCUCGGCAGCGUCGGCGACACGAACUAUAUAACAUUGUACAAAUUUAAUAUGCCUACCAAAGAGACCCGGUCUCGUACCCUUAAAGCUAAGUAAAUAAAGAGUCGUAAGUUAAAUUAAUUAUCCGCUAUCGUAAUAUGGACAGUGUGAACAGAAUAACUUUCCGCGCCAUCUAAUCCUUCAAUACUCUCGCAUAAGUAUAGUGUAAACGUGAUCGUGUUCCUGCAGUUUUAAUAGUCGGUGAAGUUAAACAAAUUGCCAUAAAUAUAAGUAGUUAUUAUUUAGCCAGUAGUGGUGUAAAUAGUUAGGGUAACGUCUGUAAUGAUGGAAGUGAGCGGUUCGCGAUGCGCCGGCGCCGUGGAAUGGGCAGAAAAAGCUUUGGGGCGAGUGCGGUGCAAGGGUGCGGGGUGAGCGGGCGAGCGGGGCAGCUGCGGGGCAAGCGCGGGGAGCGCGCGCCGCCGGCCACCGAACAGGACUAGGUGGUCGUCGCGUGUUAAGCGUUGUCCAUGCUUUGGUAGGUCUUAGGGCCGAUACUAGUAUGUAAGUUAGCGCGCUCCAUGUAUUGUAUACGCAGCUACCGUGAUGUAUGUAUUCGAUUGUCAUAUUGUCGCUCGGCUCCACACGCCCCGACGCGGUUUGACGUCGCGAGAUCAAGAUAUCAAAAUCGACUGUCGAAUAAAUUUUUAUGCCAGCCCACACGAACGCUUAGGCAAUCGACUGCCAGAGAUUUAUUGUCAAAAUUUCCCGUUAGUAACGCUUACCGAGCACACUCCGCGUAUCACUAUUUCACAAAUAAAAGAACCAGUCGCGAUAUCAUCGUCGACUAUAAAUUAUAUGAAGCUCGGAUGAAAAAUACGCAAUUCGGUCUUCGCUUAUUUAUCGCUUAGCUUGACUUACAUACGAAUAUAUUAUGUUAAUAAGGCGAUGAUAUUAAAUAGUCAAAUCGAUUAAUAUUAAUCGGCUCGCAUCGAUAAUGUUGCGUAACAGUUGCGGAGUGAGACGUGAGCUCGCCGUAUAUUCUAGAUAGAACCAUUAGAAAGCGUACAGUUAUUGUCCAGGCGACAUGGCGUUAGUUGUGAGGCUGUCGCUAUCUGUCGGGGUGAUCUGCUAUCAUGUUCCAUCGGGACGGUGGCUGUUCCACGCUAGGAAUAGGUCGAGUUCCCGCGUACUGUUCCGUGAUAUAUUGUUCCGCAUCUCCCUGUAUAAAUCUUGAACACCUGCUGAGGUACACGGGACACGGCCGCCGCGGCAACUCCGAGCUUCAAAUGGAAUUGUGUUUUUAUUUAUCGUGCGAAUCGUGCCCCACUAUCGCUCACUUGAAAUCGCACUUUAUCUGCCAAAACGCGGUGUCGAACCGAGGUGGAUUUUACAGCUCUUUAUAGUUACUAUUUUUGUUUAUAUUAUUGCGAUGCCGUUCUGACGAUUAGGUAGUUACAUACAGUAUGGGUUUAUUUCUGAUGGAGCGCUUGCCAAUAGUUCGUAUCAUGACGAGUUCAUUUCCUUUCAAAUUGUUUGGUAGCGAGCUGAAAUUGAAAAUGCACUAGGAGUGUUAAUACGUCCACUGCGACUACGGGAAUUCUUUUUCAUGUUUACUCUAGUUGGUAGGUAAUAUAGAUUGUGAUGUGGAGUUUUGUAAUACUCAGUGUUUUGACCAGAUAUAACGUUAUACGAUAUUCGAAUUUGAUUAAAAAGUAUCAAAUUCUAUUUCAUUUGAUCAUAGUGUUCCUCCGUCGCAGUGCAUGUGUGGAAACAAAUUAUUGUAAUGUAAAUAUUAAGACCUAGUAAUUAUGUAUUUGUAACCGAAAUCUGAUGUACAACGUCUGUAUACGUCUUUGAAACGCAUAAUAGUGAUACAUUUACAGACUUACUUACAAUAUUAUAUUUUACUGGCGCGACGCAUUCGGCGAAUGUAUACUUAAGUACCGUAAUUUUUAUGUAUAUUUGUGAGAUAUUUGACUAUAUCGAUUUGAAAAUUGAAGACAGCGUUUCGUGCCUACCAAUUUUUUCUAUUAAUAUAUUAUGUAUAAACAUUUAUGUCCAUUGCGUCCCGCCAGAAAUCCUAUACGUAACUACAAAAGCUUUAGUAUGAAAAAAAUAUUCCAUUUAUUAGUCGAUAGCUUAACUUAUUCUUAGAAAAAUAGAUUACCUAUAGUCACUUAAAAAUGACAUGAAUCAAAACUAGUUGUGCCCAGUAUACGAAUAGCUAAUUAAAUUUAAGUAAUAGUUAAUGUAAUUUAUUUUAAGAUACAGUAGCGGUAAUAUUUUUGGAUUCCUAUAAACAUAUACGUAAUUUUUUCUUCUGUAUAAUGUAGUGAUGAGACAAAAAAUGAUCGCAUAAAAUUUGAUCGAGAUUCUUUCGGCACAUUUAUUUUAAUUAACGCCUUCGAAGUGCCAAAUUCAUUUUUUUAAUCAUCGAUUCAUCUAAUUACCUCUUUAUAGUUCCUUUUUAACGUAAUAAUGAUUUUAUUGUGUUUAUUAAACAACGAUUUUGCUGUUAAUCUCUAAUGUACUGCACUACUUUUCUGAAAGAAUCUUGAUUCAAGUUUUAAUGACAAACUUUUGUUACAUAUUGUAAAUACUAAAUACUUUAUUUAUAAAGCUUCUUAAUGGAAUAAAGAUGACAACCUUGUUAUGUAAUAUAUCAUGGAAUUCGAAAUUCGUACACUUGUUUUAAUAUUUCACAUAUAUUUUGCGACAUAUUGAAAAUGAUAAGUUUACAUUUGAACGAAAUCGUUAAUUUAUUUUAAUUCGAAACGUGCUCAUGAAUGUAAUACGUAAAUUUUGUCCUUUUACGAAGCAUUUUGUCAUACGUAAAUAGGUAGGCCCAAUUUUAUUGUAAUGUAAAAUAAUUAUAGUAUAGAAAUAAAUGAAGAGAAAUACUUAAAACUUGAGGGAUUCUAGUGUAGAGAAUGAUUUAAAUGUUUGUGUUUCAUGAUUGUAACUGUGUGAAAAGUUGUGUAAUAUUAUAUUACCUUACAAUACCUAUAAUUAUGAACGGAACGAUAUUAUAAUUUUUUGUACAAUAUCGGCUAUAGUGCGAGAUGGAUCUGCAUUAAAUAAAAUUCUGUUACUGUA